CCAUCUUUCCUUUGAAGCUUGGAGUUUGUGGCUUUCUGGCCGGGGACACACAGAUAGAGAGGAAGACUCUUGGAAACUCAGGGCUCGUACCGGGAGCGGCCUGCAGCAUGUCGGGAUCUAUACCGUUCUACCAGAAGCACCACCGCCACUAUGACCGUGGCUACCGCAGCAAGGAGAUGGCUUCUGCCGUGAGCCAGUACCAGUCCAGCAGCAGCAGCUACACCGCUCGCAACAGCAGCUCCCGCACCAGCAGGGGACUUAAAGCAUCUUCAUACUCUGGGCUGGAGGAGAACAGACUGAGCCCUGUACCCAAGAGAGCCAAGCCAACUUACUUGGCUGUGGACAAAGAGAACCAAAUCAUCGGCUAUGUAGUGCCUAUCUUCAGGGGCAGUCAAGAGUUUGCCAGUGGAUUUUCGGAUACAGAGGAAGCAAGGGUGAAGGAGACCGCUGCAUACAUGGCCCGCAGAGAUUUGUUCACCCAUGGGCUGGAGAUGGAGAGGUCAGAGCAGAUGUCAAGGAAGGUGGCCAUGCGCGAGUCAGCCGAGCGCAUCACUAUGAGCAAAAGGAUCCAUGAACACGAGGAAUACCACAAGCGUAUGAACGAGGACAGCCUGAUGCACGCCCCGGAGUUUGUGAUUAAGCCUCGCUCCCACACCGUGUGGGAGAAGCAGUGUGUGCGCCUGCACUGCACCGUCACCGGCUGGCCUGAACCGCGGGUCGUCUGGUACAAAAACAAUGUGACAGUUGACCCCCUUGCCCACCCGGGCAAGUAUAAGAUAGAGAGCAGCUACAAUGUGCACUCACUGGAGAUCAACAGAUGUGAUUUUGAUGACACGGCACAGUACCAUGUCUCUGCCAUGAACGCCAAGGGAGAGCUGUCUGCGUUUGCCUCCAUCGUGGUUAAGAGAUUCAAAGGUGAAAUUGAUGAGUCCCUCCCUGCACCUAGACAUGGCCUGGUGUCUGAGUACGGCAUCACCUUCCAGACUCACAUUGUCGAUACGUUUGGCGUAUCAUUCGGAAGGGAGGGGGAGACCAUGAGUCUGGGAUGUACGGUCAUCAUCUACCCCGCCCUGCACCGCUACCAGCCGGAGGUCCAGUGGUACAGAGAUGAUGUUCUGCUGACUGCCUCUAAGUGGACCCAGAUGCACUGGAGUGGAGACAAAGCCACCCUGACUCUCACACACCUCAACAAGGAGGACGAGGGGCUCUACACCCUGCGCGUCGCCACUAAGUCCGGAUAUGAAACCUACUCUGCCUAUGUCUUCGUCAGAGAUGCGGAUGCUGAGAUUGAAGGGGCGCCAGGGGCCCCGCUGGAUGUGCGCUGUCUGGAUGCCAAUAAGGAUUAUGUCAUUGUCAACUGGAAGCAGCCAGCAGUCGAUGGAGGCAGCUCCAUCUUGGGCUACUUUGUGGACAGGUGUGAAGUUGGUACCACCCACUGGAUCCAGUGCAAUGACACCCCGGUCAAAUUUGCCCGUUUCCCGGUGACUGGCUUGGUGGAGGGCCGGUCCUACAUCUUCCGUGUGCGGGCCGUCAACAAGUGUGGCAUGAGCCACCCAUCCAGGGUCUCUGAGCCCGCGGCUGCCAUGGACCCAGCUGACCGCGCCCGCAUGAGAGGUACUUCUGCUCCCUGGACCGGCCAAAUCAUUGUCACCGAAGAGGAGCCUGCAGAGGGCGUCGUUCCUGGCAGACCUCGUGACCUGCAGGUGACAGAGGCAACUAAGAACUAUGUGGUGCUGAGCUGGAAGCCACCUGGCGAGAAGGGCCUUGAGGGUAUCAUGUACUAUGUGGAAAAGUGUGUGUCGGGCACAGACAGCUGGCAGAGGGUGAACACAGAGAUCCCAGUCAAGUCUCCUCGUUUCGCCCUAUUCGACCUUGCCGAGGGCAAAUCCUACAGCUUCCGUGUCCGCUGCUGCAACUCCGCUGGUGUGGGCGAGCCUUCAGACCCAACCGAGGCCACCACUGUUGGCGACAAGCUCGAUAUCCCAUCUGCCCCAGGCCGUGUUGUUCCCACUAGAAACACAGACACAUCAGUGGUUGUGUCUUGGGAGGCGUCCCGUGAUGCUAAAGAGUUGGUGGGAUACUACAUUGAGGGCAGCAUUGUGGGCAGCAACAUCUGGGAGCCCUGCAACAACAAGCCUGUCAAGGGCACCAGGUUCAUCUGCCACGGUCUGGUGACAGAAGAGACCUACGUGUUCAGGGUGAGGGCAGUGAACGCCGCUGGGCUCAGCCCGUGCUCCCAGGAGUCUGAGCCUGUGGAGGUGAAGGCUGCUAUCGCAUCCCCUGCACCUCCCUAUGGCAUCACUGUUUUGGAGUGUGUGCGCGACGCCAUGGUGCUGGCAUGGAAGCAGCCCACCUUCAUUGGCGGCGCAGACAUCGUCGGCUACUUUGUGGAUUACCGUGAGGUCGUUGAUGGAGUUCCAGGGAAGUGGCACGAGGCCAACAUCAAGUGUGUCAGCGAGAGGGCCUACAGAGUUUCUGACCUGAAGGAGAACAGGAAGUACCAGUUCCAGGUGCGAGCUGCCAACAUGGCGGGUGUCGGCAUCCCAUCAAUGCCCAGUGAGACCUUCCUGUGUGAGGAGUGGACCAUUGCUGUGCCAGGGCCUCCUCAUGACCUGCAGGUGACCGAGGUGCGCAGCGACUCUCUGGUGUUGCUGUGGAAACCACCUGUAUAUCAGGGGCGCGACCCAGUCAAUGGAUUCUACAUCGAUAUCAAGGAAGCGGACGCGGUGGAGGAGGCAUGGAGAGGAGUCAAUGACAAGGCGACUGACAAGAAGUACAUCAAGAUUAAGAAUCUGAAGGAGGGAGAGUCAUAUGUUUUCCGUGUGCGAGCUCAGAACAAAGCCGGUGUAGGAAAAGCCUCCGACCCCACAGAGGCAGUGCCAGCUGUGACCAAACCAGGCACCAAGGAGAUAGUCGUGGACGUGGAUGACGACGGCGUGAUUUCCCUUAACUUUGAGUGCCUCAACCUGACCGCGGACUCUAAAUUUGUGUGGUCCAAGGAUUACGAAGAAAUCACAGACUCAUCCCGCAUGACUAUGGAGACCAAGGGAAACAAGUCCAAAACCAUUUUCAACUGUCCUGGGGAGGAAGACAUUGGGAUUUACUCCUGUGCUGUCACCCACACUGAUGGUGCUUCUGCCAGCUACACCCUCUCAGCAGAGGAGCUGAAGAGGCUGCUGGUGAUCAGUCAUGACCACAAAUUCCCCCUUAUUCCCCUGAAGACGGAGCUGGCUGUGGAGCUGCAGGAGAAGGGCAGAGUUCGCUUCUGGCUGCAGGCGGACAUCUCAGCAAACGGCAAAGUCGACUAUGUGUUCAACGAUAACAGGAUCUCCCAGGGAGAGAAGUACAAGAUGAACUUUGACAAGAACACAGGUGUGAUUGAGAUGAUCAUGGAGUCUCUGGCCCCAUCGGAUGAAGGCACCUACACCUUCCAGUUGCAGGAUGGGAAAGCUACCAACCAGUCCAGCUUGGUGCUAAUUGGAGACGUUUUCAAGGAGCUGCAGAAGGAAUCAGAAUUCCAGAGGAAAGAAUGGUUCAGAAAACAAGGGCCUCACUUUAUCGAGUACCUGAGUUACGAGGUGACCCCAGAAUGCUGCGUUAUCCUGCAGUGCAAGGUCGGCAACAUCAAGAAGGAUACCUCUGCGGUGUGGUACAAAGAUGGACGCGAGAUCAAAGCAGAUCAGAAUCUCAGCUUCACAGAGGGAGUGUUGAAACUGGAGAUCGCCCAGAUUUCCAAGAAAGAUGCCGGGGUGUAUGAGGUCGUUCUUAAGGAUGAUAGAGGAAAAGACACUUCCACGUUGAAUUUGACAGAUCAAGGUUUCAAAGACCUGAUGAAUCAAGUUUUCUGGGUUAUCGCCAACUCUUCUACUCCACUGAAGAUCACAAGCACAGAUGAGGGCAUCCGACUCUACACCUUUGUCAGCUACUAUAACGAUUUGCUCCAAGUGACCUGGCACUACAAGGAUUCAGCCAUCGCCUUCUCUGACCGCAUCAAGAGCGGCGUGGUGGGCGAGCAGCUGUGGCUGCAGAUCACAGAGCCCACAGAGAAAGACAUGGGCAAGUACGCCAUCGAGUUCUACGACGGGAAGGGAGGCCUGAGGAGGACUGUGGAGUUGGCUGGUCAAGCAUUUGAUGAUGCUUUUGCAGAAUUCCAGAGACUCAAAGCUGCUGCGAUUGCAGAGAGAAACCGUGCUCGAGUGGCAGGAGGCCUGCCUGAUGUGGUCACCAUACAGGAGGGCAAGGCCCUCAACCUCACCUGCAACAUUUCGGGCGAUCCGGUGCCAGAGGUCACCUGGCUGAAAAACGAGAGGGAGAUGACGUCCGACGACCACUACAUCCUGAAGUUCGAGUCGGGCAAGUUCGCCAGCUUCACUAUCACCACCGUGAACACGUCAGACUCCGGCAAGUACAGCAUCCUGGUGAAGAACAAGUACGGCACAGAGAGCGGGGACUUCACCGUAAGUGUCUUCAUCCCCCAAGACGAGGGCAGCAAGAAAAAGUAAAAGCGGUCCAAAUCAUGACGUAAAUAUGUAAAAAAAAAAAAAAAAAAAAAAAAAAAAUAGCAGAAAAAAUCUUGAGGAUGUGUAUGUUUUGGGUAGAAUAUACACUAACACUAGAGGUGCUGUACAAUCUGAACAUGAAAUGUCACAGAGAGAAAUCCAAAGUCUGGUUAAGAGUUCUAACUUUAAAACAUAAAAGAAAAUCAAUGCACACCAUUGGUCCAAUAAUAUCGAAUUCAUUGUCAGCCAAAAGUUAUGAAAGAACUGUGGCACGGUGCCCGCCCAAGCAUAUUACUGUUGUUGUCGUUUUGGUUUUUGUUCAUGUGAAGUUCAAAUGUGGCAUGCAGAGAAGCAAAUGUCUGUAUUCAUUUCAACCAGUUUGCUGCAGAAGAAGAACUGAAGCGUUUAUUGCCAAAAGAAAGUAGAAGGUAAUACUGUAGGUCAUGCUGUGUUGACAGAAAGAGAAACUAAGUCAAUGGGAAAAAAAAAAAAAAAAAAGAAG